AUGACAGAUCCUCUUAUAAAUUCACAAAUAAAUUCAAUUAGUCCAACUAUUUCACCAUCACCUAUGGUUGUUAAUCAAGAUCCAUCUAAACAAUUAGGUUCUGUUAGUGUAGAUGAUACAAGUGAUGAUUAUGUUAAUGAAACAUUUCCAUUAAUUGCACAUUGGCGUGAUUCUUUUAAUUCUAAAGAACAACACUCAAACGAAUUCUGUAUUGUAAUAUCAGUUCUUAUGACAAUGGCUGCUUUGAUUAUUUUAUUUAUUAUUUGUAUUAUUGUUAUCAUAUUAUUUGUACUGUUAAAGAGAAGAUGA